GGCGGUCAGACACUCCAAGUACAAUCCAGCGUGUUUGAACUGGUGUUCAAAAAUCACCGUAAAACUUCAAAACACACCAGAAAACAUCACGCAAAGUCACACUUUUAACGUACACGCAAGCCGAAAGAGUGAGCCAGCACUUAGGCAAAGUGGAAAGUCCUUACCGGAGCAUGUCGCCUCUCGCCGGGUUGUCACCUGAUCCCGUCGCCGUCAUGGAGUCGCGUGUUGGCGGGUAAUAGACACCGGGGGGACUCGGCGUCGUCCAACUGGACCGCAACACGUCGCCUCGUCUUCCCGCAAGCGGGGCUUUCUUCCCCUCAGUCCCUUUUAAACUCCACCACCGAGCUCGGACACGGAGUCCGCCGAAACAUGCGCUCCCUCGUCGGGUUAGCGGCCACCGUGGCGGCCGCCAGCGUCUACCUCUACCUGCUGUCCACUCACCUCCCGCCCGCGGACGACCACCUCCGGCCGGCCACUCAGGAAGGGGACGAGCCGGUGGAGCACCACUACAAACUAAAGUUCCCGUCGGAUCUGGACGAGCUGCGCGAGCUAGCGGAGAUGCUAAAGUUCUACAAGCAAGAACACCACGGCUACGUUCUGCUGCUCUUCUGCAGCGCUUACCUCUACAAGCAGUCCUUCGCCAUUCCUGGUUCCUCCUUCCUGAACAUGCUCGCCGGCGCGAUAUUCGGGCCGUGGGAGGGUCUGGCCCUGGCGUGCUUGCUCACCACCACGGGCUCCACGUUCUGCUACCUGCUCUCGUCCGCCUUCGGGAAGCAGCACGUGGUGCGGGUCUUCCCCGAGAAGGUGGCUCUGCUGCAGAGGAAGGUGGAGGAAAAUCAUAGCAGUCUGUUCUUCUUCCUCCUCUUCCUCCGUUUCUUCCCCAUGACUCCCAACUGGUUCCUUAACAUCACCUGUCCCGUCCUCAACAUCCCCGUGUCCAUGUUCUUCUUCUCUGUCCUCAUCGGUUUGAUUCCCUACAACUUCAUCUGCGUGCGCACGGGCGCCAUCCUCUCCGAGAUCCACUCCCUGGACGACAUCUUCUCCUGGGGGACGCUGGCCCAGCUGCUGGCCAUCGCUCUGGUGGCGCUGGUCCCUGGAGCGCUCAUCAAGCGCUACAGCCGAGGCCACCUUGAGGUGGCCGACAUGGACGCCGCUCGGGAAGACGAUAGGCUGGAGCGCAAGAGACGAUGAGCGCCAGGACUUUCAUGGACCUUGGUCCCCCUGUGACCUUUUCUUUCAUUGCUGCCUGGCAGAGAGCACAACAUUAGGAACCCCUGCACAACGUGAUCCACGCUCCAAGCCAAGAUCCUCAGAUGAGUAGAAUAUCAGUCCAGGGCAGAACUUCACAAAUCGUGGUGUUUAAAGUGUGGCCCGGGUGCUGGUUGCAGCCCGCAGCUCAUUUUUUAACGGCAUAUUCUCAAAGAAAGAAUUGCCCCCCAGAAAAAACAGGCAAAAUGUGACGAGAAAAAGUUGCAAUGUUGACUCUAAUAACACAAGGCUGCCAUGUUUUUAUAAUAAUAAUGAAUUAAAUAAUAAUAAAUCAAAGUCCAUCUGACCUAUUCCAGGCUUCAAUUAAAUCAAAUAUUCUA